UCCUUCACUGCUGUGAGCUUUUCCUGCAUUUUGACUGAAUUAUUGAAUGGAUUUUACAUAUUAUCAAACCUUUGCUGGGGGGGGCUGUGUACAGCUGUGUACUCUUUUUCAGAAUUGUGGCCGAUUUGUGCAGAAUUUUUGUGUUUUUGUUGAUUUCCCAUUCAUUUCCUAUGGUCGACCCAAGACAACGAGUGUUACUAUUUUUUUUAUGACCACUUAGCAUGCUCGAAUCAUGCCCUCAGUUGUUUUUUUUUUUUUGUGUGCACUCUCCAAAUGCCAUAAAAGUCACCAAGUUUCGAAACCAUUCCGAUGAAGCUGCGAUUUUUAACAUUUCAAAACAGAAAAUUUUUCGGUCAUAAAUGACCGAAGAGCACCUGAGGGUUAAGAAAUGCCUAUUAGUUAAUUUGGGGGAAUUAUUAUUAAGUAAAAUACAUUUCAGUUUUCAGUGAUUGCCUGCAUUGGCCAUUCCUGUGACCUACACCCUGAUACUGGUGUAUUUAUCUUCAUUUAGUUUAUUGUAUUCAUAAUCAAAAAAAAAAAAAAAAAAUGUAAGUAAUUCAACAGCUCCAUAUAUAGAAAAGUAAUCAAGGUCUUAGGAGGCGUUACAUCUAAAACUUUUUCAUGGGUUUGGCAAAAAUGGGUGGGUCUGUACUAAAUAAAUAAACAGUGCUCAUUCUACAGCAGCUCAUCUGUUAACUGUAACCGUGAGUGCAGGAAUCAGGAAUGGAACCAGGAAUCUUUUAUGUACGUUUUGACAAUAAAGAUACUGAGGGCACAACUGGUCCCAACACCAAGACACCAAGUUGCUGCCAGGAUGAAGGAAAAGCUCAAAAGCGCAGAGGAAGCAGAUGUUUGGUGUUGAUGACAGUGUGUCUUGGGCUCAUUUGUGUUCUUCUGCUGGCCUACAUCAUACUGCAGUACUUCUCCAUCACAGCAGUGACAAACCUGUUCAAGAGUUACAAGAACACAGUCGAAGAGUUCAAUCAGACGAUAAACAGCUUACAGGACAAUUACACUGAUCUAAUGAUUGAAAAGGACCAACUGCAGAACAUCAUCAACUCUUUGACUCAGAAGAAACAGGAGUUGGAGACCAGAGUCAAUAAUCUUACUGCCGAGAAAAGCCGGUUACUGGAAAGCUUUGACUCUUUGAGUCAGAAGAAACUGGAGUUGGAGAACAGAGUCAAUAAUCUCACUGCCGAGAAAAGCCAGUUACAGAACAGUUUCAACUCUUUGAGUCAGAAGAAACUUGAGCUGGAGACCAGAGUCAGUAAUCUCACUGCUGAGAAAAGCCAGUUACAGAGAAGUGUUGACUUUUUGAGUCAGAAGAAACUUGAGCUGGAGACCAGAGUCAAUGAUCUCACUGCUGAGAAAAGCCAGUUACAGAGCACCAUUAACGCUUUGAAUCAGAAGAUACUGGAGUUAGAAAGCAAAGUCACAUCUUUGAGUACUGAACUUAAAGAAGCUUAUGAAAAAGGAUACCGGUGGGGUUCAGGUUGGAUUUUCUUAUCCAAUGUAUUGAGCUCCUGGUCUGAGAGCAGGCAGUACUGCAGGAAUAUAGGUGCUGACCUGAUCAUUAUCAACAGUGAAGAGAAGCAGAGGUUUAUAAAUUCAAUAAUCAAGGAGAGAGCAUGGAUCGGUUUGAAUGACAUACAGCAGGAGGGCACCAUGAAAUGGGUGAAUGAUUCACCACUGAAACAAGGGUUUUGGUUCACAGGUGAGCCGAAUGAUGUGGGUGGAAAUGAGGAUUGUAUUGAACAUAUCCCAUAUCCCCAAUAUCCCACCCAGACCUGGAAUGAUCUCCCAUGCUCCGACAGGAGAAAAGCGAUUUGUGAGAAAUAGGGUUCAUCCUAUCUUUUUUAUGAUUUUACUUGUAUUAUUUUAUGGAAUAAAUCAUAUUGUGAUCACAUAAUUUCUAAUCGAGGUUCUUGCCUUUUAAAACAGUUUGCAACUUUCAUUAUAUAUAAACCUUCGGGUUACAAGUCUGACUCUUUAGCCAUUAGGCCACAAC